AAAUUAAAUUCCUUAAUUUUCUCACUAUCCAAAUCCGACUAAAAACAAAUCUCUUCGUCCUUAUCCAUAAUCUCAUACUUAAUUGUUGUUUACUUAAAUUGCUCAUCUAUUGUAAUUGGUCCAUAGGCUUUUGCCUCUUCUUGAUCUUAAAAAGAAAAUUGCUCAUCUAUUUACAAUACUACUCAGUCAAUUUCCUUCUCCAUUCUCAGACCGAGUUCUGUGGUUUGGUUCGAGUUGAUAAUGGAUGAUCUCUCUCUUCCUCAUGACUCCCUGUUUCUUGGAUUCGACAGCUCUACGCAGUCAUUGAAGGCAACUGUUUUGGACUCCAAUCUCAACAUUGUCAAAUCAGAGCAAAUUCACUUUGACUCUGAUUUGCCUCAUUAUGAGACUAAAGAUGGAGUAUAUAGAGACACAUCUGAUAAUGGCAAAAUUGUUUCACCAACUUUGAUGUGGGUAGAGGCUCUUGACCUCGUUCUUCAAAGGCUCAAAAAAUCUGGUUUCGAAUUCGGGAAAGUUGUUGCUCUUUCUGGUAGCGGACAGCAACAUGGUAGUGUUUAUUGGAGGAAAGGUAGUUCUUCAAUUUUAACAAUGUUGGACUCCAGAAAGCCAAUGGUGGAUCAGCUUGGUAAUGCUUUUUCUAUUAAGGAAUCGCCAAUUUGGAUGGAUAGUAGCACCACUGUGCAAUGUAGGGAGAUUGAAGAGGCUGUUGGUGGAGCUUUGGAGUUGUCCAAACUUACUGGGUCUCGUGCAUAUGAAAGAUUCACAGGACCACAGAUUAGGAAGAUUUUUUGGAGACAGCCAGAAGCUUAUAGUGAUACUGAGAGGAUUUCCCUUGUUAGCUCAUUCAUGGCAUCUCUUUUCAUUGGAGGAUAUGCUUGUAUUGAUUAUACUGAUGGUUCUGGGAUGAAUUUGAUGGACAUUAAGAAAAAAGCCUGGUCUAAAAUUGCUUUGGAGGCCACCGCACCAGGCUUGAUUGAAAAACUUGGAAGAAUGGCUCCUGCCUAUGAAGUUGCAGGUCAUAUCGCCCCAUAUUUUGUGAAGAGAUAUAAAUUUAAUCGAGACUGUCUGGUUGUUCAGUGGUCUGGAGACAACCCCAACAGUCUAGCAGGUUUAACCCUUAGCAUCCCAGGGGAUCUAGCUAUUAGCCUUGGCACCAGUGACACCGUUUUUGGAAUUGCCACUGACCCUCAACCUGGACUAGAAGGGCAUGUUUUGCCUAAUCCUGUGGAUACUGAGGGUUACAUGGUUAUGUUGUGCUACAAAAAUGGGUCUCUGACUCGUGAAGAUGUUCGCAACCGCUGUGCUGAGAAAUCUUGGGAAGUCUUCAACAAGUUUCUGGAACAAACAACACCUCUUAAUGAUGGAAAAAUUGGCUUCUACUACAAAGACCACGAAAUUCUUCCUCCCCUGCCAGUUGGCUUCCAUCGCUAUGUGCUCCAAAAUUUCACUGGUGAGAAUCUGGAUGAAGUGAAUGAACAGGAAGUUCAGGAAUUUGAUCCCGCUUCUGAGGUUCGGGCAUUGAUUGAGGGCCAAUUUCUCUCGAUGCGAGCUCAUGCUGAAAGAUUUGGAAUGCCCACCCCUCCAAAACGAAUAAUAGCUACUGGUGGAGCAUCAGCAAAUCAAAGCAUUUUGAACUCAGUAGCAUCAAUAUUUGGGUGUGAUGUCUACACUGUUCAAAGACCUGAUUCUGCCUCCCUAGGAGCUGCAUUAAGGGCUGCUCAUGGUUGGCUGUGCAAUAAGAAGGGAAGUUUUGUGCCAAUUGCAUGCUUGUACAAGGACAAGUUGGAGAAGUCAGCUCUCAGCUGCAAGCUUUCUGUUAGUGCUGGGAAUCAAAAAUUAGUUUCCCAAUAUGCUUUAUUAAUGAAGAAGAGAAUGGAAAUAGAAAAUCGCCUUGUUGAAAAGCUUGGACGGUGUUGAAAAGGAGAAAAACUCCACAUCAUCUUUAAAGAUGCGUAUCGGUUGUCAAAUAUUGAAUUUCUUUUUGAUGGGAACAUGUGUUGAACUUUUACAUAUCAAUAAGAAGGGCUUGGUUUUCCACAA